CAAACACUUGUUGCUGCUAGUGAGUGGAUAAUAUACACACCUCAAGUGGUCCUGACCUAGGACACGAAAACAAACUUAUUGACGACGAACUGAAGAACCAAAAGGGGAACAUCGUCGUGGUCACCGUGUCGAUCUUUGUCGAGGUUCAAUUCGCCGCUCAACAGUCGACGUCGACGUCGUCGUGCUUCUUUCCUCUACUUGGACAUUUCCUGGCCGUGUUAGUUAGUGUUGCGUUAGAUCAGCGAUAGAACGAACGCAAUCGUGGUGAGUUGUGGUUCGCAGCGAGAGAAAGACUCGCACUGGUCGUCAGUUCUCAUUCCUCAUACACGUGCGCGAGCAAAGGAAGAGAAGUACAUACACGAUGUGGAUGCGUCUCGUUGCGCCAGUACUUGUGCUGCACUUCUUCGUUUCUUCGUUGUCUCCUUCUUCUAUUUGACUUUACUGUUGUUGUUGUUGUUGUCGUUUGGCCGUUGUUGUCAGCGGUGGCACUUGGUAGUAAUAGUUGUAGUAGUAUAUUAUAGUAGUAGUUGACGCACAACACGCGAUGAGCGCGGAUUAUAAAAUAAUUUGAAUGCCGCGGGGCGGACGUACGGACCGGCGACGAAGAUCCAACUGGAAAAAGUUGAUGAUUGAACGUUUCGAGAGAUAAAAAAAACUGACUGUCUGUUGCAAGUGCAAUUUACAUAAGUUGACAUUGUAAUAGGAGAUCAUGUUGUUGGUGUUCCACUGCUAGGUUUGAAGACAUCGAUGUGUGAUUUUUGGAUUGUUCUUUAUUUUAUUGCUUUGCGCCAGGAGGAGAGGAUAUUUCCAGGAGACUGAGUAGGAAGCUGACUAAACGACCAAUAUUAAUAAUGGGAGUCGGGACAAUUGAACAUAAGUGAUUUAGUAUUUCUUGUAUAGGUAAUUUUAAACUGCAGUGUAAGUGAAGUGCGUUUUCUCUAAAACUGAAAAACAUGCAUCAGACAAUUUUACGUGGUAACGGCCAGCACGCUCAUCAUAGUGGCGUUAAUCAUCCGAAAAAUCUCGGAUUAUCCAAUGGUCAAGCCAGUAGCCACAAUCAUAAUGGUUUUGGAUUACCUCAGAAUGGACAUGCCAGCCAUGCCAGUCACAAUGGGGUUUAUCAGAAAGCUAAUGGACAUGCUCAUGUCACAGCGAAUAAUCGACCUUGGAUGAAUGGACAUUCACAUAAACCAGACGACAGAACAUCCACGCUCUCCAGAUAUUGCACUACAGAGCGUAAUCAAAGAAAUAGAAGUAAUUACCAAGCAGUGAGGAGAAGCUGCAGGGAACGCGGGACUCUUUAUGAAGAUCCUGAUUUUCCUACGGGAGUGAAGGCACUCUACCAUCAUAAAAAACCCUCCCUGCAACCAAUUAUCUGGAUGAGGCCACAUGAAAUGUGCACGAGACCUCGUUUCAUGAGUGAGAACAAUGGGGACUUAUGUCGGUUAUCGUUGGAAUCUGGAGAACUGGGUGACCAGUGGCUCAUGGCAGCAGUUGCAUCUCUUGCUCUGACGCCAAGGUUUCUCGAACGAGUCGUACCUCCCGACCAAGGUUUCGAUACUUUGCAUUCUUACUGCGGGGUGUUUAGGUUUAGGUUUUGGCAUUUUGGGGAAUGGAGAGAAAUUCUGGUGGACGACAAACUGCCAACAUUCAAAGGUCGUUUGGUUUAUAUGCAUUCCACGAACGCCACUGAAUUUUGGGCAGCACUAUUAGAAAAGGCUUACGCAAAAUUUUACGGCUGCUAUGAGAAUUUAUCUCACGGUUCCACCACCAGAGCACUGCAAGAUUUAACUGGGGGUAUUGUACAAAGUUUCAGUUUAACCCACCAGGAUCGAUUUCUAACAUUCCAAGUACUAAACAGUGCAGUUCCUAGAUCUAGUCUUCUAAUAGCUAACAUUACACCGGAAAAGGAUACGAAACGUCAACUACGUCUCAGAAAUGGCCUGAUCACUCAACACGCAUACAGUAUAACGGGCUUAGCGCGGGUUAGGGGUCCGACUGGAGAAACCCCUUUGGUUCGAUUACGUAAUCCGUGGGCAAGGGGGGAGUGGUCUGGGGCAUGGAGCGAAAGAUCGUGGGAAUGGGAUGGACUCUCCCCUAGAGACAAAGAAUUAUUAAGUGUCAGGGUUGCUAACGAUGGCGAAUUUUGGAUGUCAUUUGAAGAUUUUGCGCGACAUUUUACGCAGUUAGAUUUAGUUCAUAUUGGACCUGAUGACUGGAUGGUAGAACCUGCUCUUCAUUCAAAACAACCCUGGAGAGCAGUACUUGCCAGAAGAAGGUGGAGAGCAGGAUAUAAUGCUGGUGGAGGGCCAACAUAUUUAGAGACGACUGCCAUGAAUCCGCAAUUCCAUAUCCAAAUUCCUAGAACGUCUUCCAACAAAUGCCAUGUAGUUGUAUCAGUUACUCAAGUCUACGAAACGCACCAAAGUGAAUCCAAAAAACGAAAGCCGUUAUUUGCUAUUGGUUUUGCCGUUUACGAAGUACCUCACGGUAUGCCCAGGUUAACUCCUCAAUUCGUAACCGAUCACAAACCACUAGAUGUAACAAACCAUUCUGUGGCAAGAGAGGUUGUCACAUUCUUCACAUUACCUGCUGGUGAUUACAUAGUUGUCCCACAAACAAACGUUCCAAAUUUAGAUGGAAAAUUUUUAUUGCGAAUCUUCACCGACGAACAAAGCAACAUUUGGGAAGUAAAUGAAGAUAACAUGGUCAUCAGAAAUAUAGUCACAGAAUUUUUGGAAGAUACUUCUCCAAUUUUGAAAGAUGGGAACAUAAUCCUGAACAAAUUACUCCAUAAAUAUCCCACAGAAGUCGAUGCAAGUCAGUUACAAAAAAUUUUGAAAUCCCAUUGGAAGAUAUACUUAUCGGAGAAACCGAGUUUGGAGUUGUGCAAAAGUUUAAUUAUGUUAAGGGACUACAACAUUUGUGGUAAAAUAAACAUAGCAGACAUACCAGUAAUUAUGGCAAUGCUUCAGUUUUGGAGGGUACGAAAUCAUCGAUCACCCUGUGCAGAUGCCUUUAAUAGUAUUUGCUACUGUUUGCAGUUGGCCUUUCAAAAGUUCGAAAGAGGUCAUAGCAGUGGUAAAACGUCGAGUUAUAAUUUAAGGUCCCUGUUAUGGGAAGCUGGAUGUACUGUUAGCAAUAAAGUUUUGGAAUGUUUGGUUUUAAGAUUUGCAAAAAACAGAAUACUGACGACCGAAAAUUAUAUCAUGGCAAUGGUGCGACUCCAUUUGGCUCACGAAAGAUACCACAGUUUAGAUACCAAAAUGAAAAGCAAUCCACUUUCUUUAGAAGAGAUGAUAUUAAUGACAAUCUAUUCAUGAUGCAAACGACAAUGGAACCUGAAGAGAAACAUGUCAACCAAAAUGUGAUUAAGUUAUUAACCAAAGAAAAUGUUAAAGUUAAAUGUACAAAACGUUGUAAAUAAUUAAGCGAACACGACGUAGUUAAAUCACUAUUUAUUUUACAAGAUAAUAUUGUACAAUUGUAAAUAAAAGCUUAAGAAUA